CCCACCAAACCUGUCAUCAUAUUCAUUCCAUCAAGAUGCCAGUGCCAGCUAACAGUUGACAACUUGUUGAUCCACUGUGGAGCAGAUAGCAAUCCUGAUCACUUCUUGAAUAUUGAAGAAGCUGACUUGCAGCCCCACCUUGACCACAUCAGUGACAAAGGUCUUGUGGAAUGCCUGAAACAUGGCAUUGGGUAUUAUCAUGAGGCACUUGAUAAGCAAGACAAGCACAUUGUCGAAUGUGUAUUCCAGUCUGGAGCAAUCCAGGUUUUGGUGGCAUCUAAGGUGUGUAAUCCAUGA